AGACAAUGGAAGUCUAGUAGCGGAAGUCCCGCCCAGCCUAGGCCGAACUUCCGGCUCUCACUGCUAGUGGCUUAAGCGGAGGGAGUCGAGCCAGCGUCGCCGCGAUGGUGUUGUUGGAGAGCGAGCAGUUCCUGACGGAGCUGACCAGACUUUUCCAGAAGUGCCGGACGUCGGGCAGCGUCUAUAUCACCUUGAAGAAGUAUGACGGUCGAACCAAACCCAUUCCAAAGAAAGGUACUGUGGAGGGCUUUGAGCCCGCAGACAACAAGUGUCUGUUAAGAGCUACCGAUGGGAAGAAGAAGAUCAGCACUGUGGUGAGCUCCAAGGAAGUGAAUAAGUUUCAGAUGGCUUAUUCAAACCUCCUUAGAGCUAACAUGGAUGGGCUGAAGAAGAGAGACAAAAAGAACAAAACUAAGAAGACCAAAGCAGCAGCAGCAGCAGCAGCAGCAGCACCUGCCGCAGCAGCAACAGCAGCAACAACAGCAGCAACAACAGCAGCAACAGCAGCACAGUAAAGGGCAUACAUUUCCUGCUUUCACCAAUUAACCACUGAAUUGCUAUUUUUUCCUUUUGGCUAGAUAGCUAGGUUUCUGGUUCCCCCACAGUAGGUGUUUUCACAUAAGAUUAGGGUCCUUUUGGAAAGAAUAGUUGCAGUGUUUAUAGGAUAGUUGUGGUAAGAAUCUAGUUUAUUUUGCAUUUGGCUAAUUGGUCUGUGCUGCAUGGUUAUAUACUCCUGGAUUAUAGAUUAAAAGUCUCUGUAGACAUCUCUGUGAAGAGCAAGCUAUCAUUAAACAUGUCUGUUUAUCA